GUCGGUUGCUCUGGCAACGGUUUCCAUAGCACCGCGAGGGGCCGAGGGAGCAGGCGGAUGGCCCGUCGCCGCCUGGAGGAGGCUCUGCAGGCCUCUCGCUUGAAGGCAGCGGAGGAGGAGGCGGAGAAGGGGAGGGAUGUCUCCCCGCGGAGGGUCUCCCUCGCCCACGACCCCCACGGCAUCUUCAGCCUCGGCUUCGGCCCCGCAGGCAGGCAGCUGGCCGCGGGAUUCGGAGAUGGCGCCCUCCAGCUGGUGGACACCGAGACGGGCCUCCCGGAAUCCUCCUCCUCCUUGAAGACCGGGCCUCUUGCGGGUCCCGUGACAGCCGUCUGCUUCCUGGGGGCCCGACCAGGGCUGCUGCUGGCCGCAGGGGCCGAGGGCUCCGUCGCCGCCUUUCUCCCACCAGACCGCUCCCCAGUGGCUUCGCUGGCCGAGGAGGGGAACGAGACCCACGCGCUGGACGUCUGUCGUGACGGGAGCGCCUUCGCCACCGCCGGCAAGGACCGCCACCUCCGCCUCUAUGACACCCGCACCCUCCAAGUGAGCAUGCGUGGGAUGGGCAGGGUUUCAGGGCCAUGUUGUGAUAGCAAGCACCCACACGCAGUUGAUUUAGUUGUAAAGGGGCAUCUCUUCUGCAGUUCAUGCCCCUUUUUUCUUGUGUUCGCCUAUGUUACGUGA